AUGAGUAUCUUGCAAAACACGAAAUUAACGACUUUCAGCGGAAUAAAACUUACGUAUACGCGGUUCAUUAAAUCUCUCAUAUUCAUUAUCAUUGUAUCGACAAUCUAUCGAUUUCGCACAGACGAAGGAAAAGAAAUUUCGAGCCCGUUAACUUCGGUCAAUUUACCUAAAAUCGACGCAGGCAUAAAUCAAAAAUACUGCGAUUCUGAAAGAUGUAAAUUUUUGUUCGCAUAUCAUGUACCGGAACAAGAAACUUCGGCAAAUUUUCAUUUCUUUUCUUUUAUACAAUUGGCCGAAAUGUUAAAUCGUACCAUAGUUUUGGUAAAUGUACAACAUUCAAGGUUAGAAACUUGUAAAAAAUUCCCAUUUCAUUUUUAUUACAACGUAGACGGAAUCAAGGAGAUCUUUCCAAACGUUAAAUUUAUUACGCAACGAGAUUUCCUCGAUUGGACACGUGAACGCAAUUAUAAACCUACCUCAACUCAUAGAUACAUCAUGCAGGAAAGAAAUCCUUUGAUUCUCAAAACGGAUCAUUUGGAAUUAAAAAAAGAAUGUCUGGACCAAUUUGAUUUAAAAUUUAAUAACAAAGAUGAUCUUUUAAUCAAUAAAACAACGAUUAAUCUUGGACCAAAAGAUCAUUGGAGACAAGAAAUUAAUAAUAUUUUAAUGAUUGAAAAUCUGAAGAAAUUAUUGGAUGUUGAUGAUGAAGUUUUAUUAAUAAGACAUCUGAUUCCCGUGCCUCUAUUUCCAUCAAAGGGAACAGUUAUACAUUUACCAUUCGCCGAUCAUAUUAUUGAAGCAGUGAAAAGUUCUGUCAAUCAAGUAAGACCUUUUAUAGCGAUUCACUGGAGAAUGGAAAUUACCAAACCAAAUAUGUUGUCCAUGUGCGUUAAAAGUUUAAUUAAAUAUCUUUACAAACUGAAGGAAGAAUUAGGAAUCAAUAAUAUAUACUUAGCGACAGAUUAUCCAUUAAUGAAUGUAGGGGGGAAUAAGGCACAAUCAUCAACAUUUCAUAAUAUAGGGCCACAACAUCACAAUGCAAUUAAAUCUUUAAACGAGACUUUUAAGUUAAAUACCUGGAUAACGAUGAAAGCUUUAAAUGUUCUUUUUGAUGAAUUUCCCGAUAAUGAUAAAGAACUUGAUGAUGAAUUUAAUGGAUCUGGUAUCCAGGGAAUUUUUGACAAAUUGGUCAUGAUAGAUUCCAAUUAUUUCAUUUCUGGACCCAAAGGUUGUGCGCACGUAAAAUCAAAGUUCUCCAGAAAAAUUAAAGAAGCGAGGAUAAAAUUAAUGCAAGAGGAGGAUUUCAAUAUUUUAAAUGAUAUUACUCGUUGGCCUUUAGAUUAA